AUGACUGUAGAAACCAAAGAAUCACAAGGACGUCAUGUUCUCAUGAUAGACAACUAUGACUCUUUCACUUGGAACUUAUACCAGUUUUUAUGUCAGUCGCCUAAGUGUGGAAAAGUUAGCGUCUUCAGAAAUGACAAGAUAGACAUUGAGACCAUCGAGAAGGUCGUCAAGCCAGAUAUUGUUUUCAUUUCACCAGGACCUGGUCACCCUACCACCGAUCUGGGGAUUUCUAGAGAGUUAAUUAGACAUUUCAAGGGUAAAUUGCCAAUUUUUGGAGUUUGUAUGGGCCAACAGUGUAUCUUCGAUGUGUUUGGCGGAGAUGUGGACUAUGCAGGUGAGAUUGUACAUGGGAAGACCACUACGAUAAAGCACGACGGUAAGGGAAUGUUUAGCAGUGUUCCACAAUCUGUUGCAGUUACUCGUUAUCAUUCAUUGGCAGGUACUCAGAAGACUUUGCCAGACUGCCUAGAAGUCACUGCAACCACUGAGACUUCUCCUGAAGUUAUUAUGGGCGUUAGACAUAAGAAGUAUACGAUUGAAGGUGUUCAGUUUCACCCAGAAUCUAUUUUGACCGAAUCUGGUCAGUUAAUGAUAGACAACUUAAUGGAUAUUACAGGUGGUACUUGGGAUGAACAAGAAAAGGUGAAAAUUACACCUUCGUUUAAGAAAGAUGUUGAUAUCUUGACCAAAAUAUAUCACAAGAGACAAGAAGAUUACAUACAAGUUGAAAGCUUACCAGGUAAGUCAUUUGAACAAUUACAAGCAACUUAUGAAUUAGGUAUAGCCCCAGAAUUGAUCAAUUUUUACGAUAGAAUUCAAUCCGACGGGAAGACUGUCAUACUUUCUGAAUUCAAGAGGGCUUCUCCUUCAAAGGGUGAUAUCAACAUUGAGGCACACCCAGGAAAGCAAGGUUUGACUUAUGCGACCAAUGGGUGCUCUACGAUUUCUGUAUUGACCGAACCAAACUGGUUCAAGGGCUCCCUCGAUGACUUAUCUGUUAUCCGUAAGGUUAUUGAUAAUGUUAAGCAUAGACCUGCCAUCUUGAGAAAGGAAUUCAUUUUCAACAAGUAUCAGAUAUUGGAAGCUAGAUUGGCAGGUGCUGACACAGUUUUAUUGAUAGUUAAGAUGUUAAAGGAUGCCAAAUUGUUACAAGAGCUCUACCAAUACUCAAAUUCAUUAGGAAUGGUUCCUUUGGUUGAAGUUAACAACAGUGAAGAAUUAUCCGACGCACUCAAGUUGACGUAUAAUGGAGAAACCAAGGAACCAUUAGUCAUUGGAGUAAACAACCGUAACUUAACCACUUUCGAUGUAGAUUUGAACACUACAAGUGCAUUGGUUGACCAAGCUAAGAAUAAUAAUGGCAGAUCAGGUGAAGUGAAGGUGUUAGCAUUAAGCGGGAUUACGACCGUUGCUGAUAUCAAAAAAUACAAGUAUGAAGACGAUGUUGAUGGGUUCUUAAUCGGCGAAAGUUUGAUGAGAGCUGAAGAAGAAGGUAGAGCUGGAGAUUUCUUGAAAGAGUUAAUUGACGUAUAA